AUGGGAGAACGCUGUCCCAUCGCCGUUGUUGGCCUGGCCUGCCGUUUCCCCGGAAGUGCCUCCAAUGCUGCUAACUUCUGGGAAUUAUUAAGAAGCAAAAAAUCCGCAUUCUCAAAACCACCUUCAUCUCGAUACAACGCCGAUGCCUUUCAUCACCCUUCUGACAAGCUCAAUACACUCAAUGCCCCUGGAGGCCACUUCAUCGAACAUGACUUGGCUGCCUUUGACGCACCAUUCUUCAACAUAACCGCCCAGGAGGCCAUGGCAAUGGACCCUACGGCGCGGAUGCUCCUCGAAGUGACGUAUGAAGCCCUCGAAAACGGCGGCUUUCCUAUCGAAAACCUGCAGGGUAGUGCCACCAGUUGCUAUGUCGGCUGUUUCACUCGCGAUUUUCACGAAAUGCUUAUGCGUGACCCAGAGACAUCUCCCCAAUAUGCAGGUACUGGGACAGGUUUCUCAUUGUUGUCGAAUCGAGUUUCGUGGUUCUAUGAUUUCCGCGGACCAAGUUUAACUCUUGACACGGCUUGCUCGUCGAGCUUGGUCGGUAUGCAUUUGGCAUGCCAGAGUCUGAGAGAUGGAGAAGCAAAAAUGGCCGUGGUUUGUGGUGCAAACCUCAUCUUGAGCCCGGACUUGGCCAUGUGGUUGGGGAAUCUGCACAUGACGUCCAAGGAUGGGUUGUCGCGGUCCUUUGCCGACGAAGUGACUGGGUAUGGUCGCGGGGAAGGGAUUGCAGCACUCAUUUUGAAACCUCUGAAAGACGCUCUUGUAGAUGGGGACUCUAUUCGUGCUAUAAUUCGCAGCACCGGUGUCAACCAAGACGGUCAUACUGCUGGUAUUACGUUGCCGAACAGUGACGCCCAGGGAGACCUGAUUCGUUCGACGUACGCUUCAGCCGGAUUGGACUUUGCAGACACUGCUUUUUUCGAAGCCCAUGGGACGGGAACCGCUGUCGGGGACCCAUUGGAGUUAGCUGCGGUAGCCCAUACACUUAGCAAAGAGCGCCAGCCUGGGAGCGAGCUCAUCGUGGGCUCAGUUAAAUCAAAUAUCGGGCAUCUAGAAGGAGCCGCCGGCUUGGCAGGCGUUAUAAAAUGUAUCUUGAUGUUGGAGAACCGUACAAUUGUCCCUAAUAUUCACUUUGAGAAACCAAACCGGCGAAUCCCUUUCGACAAGUGGAAACUAAAGGUACCAACCUCAGUCUCCCCGUGGCCAGCUGGUCGCACGCUUAGAGCCAGCGUCAACUCAUUCGGAUACGGUGGCACCAAUGCCCAUGCAAUUCUAGAUGGAGUUGACGGGAGUGUCUUCAUGAACGGCUGCACGAAGGAUUGUCAUGAAGAUAUAUGUAGGCAGCAUACUGAGCGGUCACACGGUUUGAAAACACUACUUUUCGUGUUCAGCGCAGCAGACGAAACCGCAUUGCGACGAAUACACAGUCAAUAUGCUAACUAUGCAAGUUCCCGAAACAGGUUUCUACCAGAACAAGAAGCGAAAGGUGAUGAAGAGUCUAGUCUCCAACGCCUGGCUCUUACACUUAGCAAUCGGCGCUCGAAACUUGGGUGGAAGUCAUAUGUAACUGGUUCUAGCAUGACUGAAAUCUAUCAAACAUUGACAUCGUCACCUACGAACUGCUUUCGCUCUAGCAAACCGCCCCGAAUUGCAUUUGUAUUCACAGGCCAAGGCGCUCAAUGGGCACAAAUGGGAGUUGAGCUGUUGGUCUACCCCGUAUUCCAGUCGAGCGUCGCGGAAGCAGAUUCGUUCUUGCAAACUGCACACGACAGCACCUGGUCUGUUCUCGAAGAGCUGCAAAAGCCCAUCGGCAAAUCAAACAUGCAUCGUGCAGAAAUAAGUCAACCAAUGUGUACCAUUCUUCAAAUUGCCCUGAUGGAUCUCUUGAGAUGGUGGAAUAUCGAACCUGCUGGUGUCGUCGGUCAUUCUAGUGGUGAGAUUGCUGCGGCCGUUUGUCAUGGAGCGUUGUCUCGUCAAGAUGCAUGGACAAUUGCAUACUGGCGUGGCAAACUAUGCGCGGAGCUUAGCAUGGAGUUGCCAGAUACACUAAAAGGUGCCAUGAUGGCCGCUGGUCUUUCUAGAGACGCAGCCGACGAGUAUAUCAAAACUGUCGAAGGGGGCAAAAUAGUCGUUGCUUGUGUUAAUUCCCCUAUGUCUGUCACCAUAUCAGGCGAUGAGAUUGGAAUUGAUGACCUACAUAAGAAACUGGCUGCUGACGAGGUUUUUUGUCGGAAGCUGCAAGUUGACAAUGCAUAUCACUCACACCAUAUGCUGCGAGUAUCAGAGAGGUAUCGAGCUCGGCUCCAGGGCAUUACAUCAACCGAGUUUAACAAGGAUGCCGAUACUACAGCGAUCAAAAUGGCAUCUAGUGUCACCGGCGAUCUCGUGGCACAUCAUACAGAUCUCGGCCCCGAGUACUGGGUUAAAAACCUCGUCUCACCUGUGUUAUUUUCGGAUGCCGUUGGUACUUUGCUCUCAGACACAAGUCGUCGUCAUCGCCGACGCCGCGGCGGACUGGAGGGAGAAUCCGCAUUUGAUCUUUUAGUGGAGAUUGGGCCACACGGAGCUUUAAAAGGACCUCUUCGCCAGAUCAUUCAACAUUAUGGAUUAGAAGCAGUUGGAUAUCAGAGUAUCCUAACACGUGGGGAGGAUGCAGUCAAAACGGCGAUGAAGGUAGCCGGAGAACUUUACAUUCAUGGCGUGCCUGUUUCCAUACAAGCCGUAAACAAUGUGUACCACGAAAAGAAGCAUAGGCCCCUUGUCAGUUUACCGUCUUACCCUUGGAAUCAUUCCCUACGAUACUGGGGUGAGUCUCGAGUCAGUCAGAAUUAUCGUUUUCGAAAACACGGCCGCCACGAUCUCCUGGGGGCGCUGGUUCCUGAUUGUACGGCACAAGAACCGCGGUGGCGGAAUAUUCUCCGCAUCAGCGAACAGCCAUGGGUUGCAGACCAUGUGAUUCACUCUGAUAUUCUCUAUCCUGCAUCAGGAACUAUUGCAAUGGCUGUCGAGGCCGUAUUACAAAUCGCAGACUCGGAUAGGGUGGUUGACACUAUUGUGCUUCAAGACGUGAAGCUGGACAAGGCAAUAGUAAUCCCGGAUAGCGGGAAAUCAGGGACUGAGAUGGUACUGCAGUUAAGGGAGAGAAAGACCAAUGUCAAGCAAAAUGACUCUAGACGGGAGUGGGACUUUUCUGUCUAUAGCUGCCAGCUCAAUGAUAACGAUCUGCAGGAAACGUCAUCUGGGUCUAUUUAUAUAACCUAUCGUCCAAUGACUGAUCAUUCAUGGUCCAGGGCCAGGGACAUCAUAAAAGAGGCUGUGAAACAAGAAUACAUACAAUCCAAAGCGUUGUGCACGCGUACAGUCAAGACCCAGGAUUUUUAUACCUCGACAAAUUCAGUAGGGCUGCAGUACGGACCUCUUUUCCAGGACCUUGAUGAGAUUCUUAGUGGAAAGAACCGUUGCUGCACCGUGAUAAAGAUUCCCGAUACCAAAGCAUCAAUGCCAGUGUGUGAAGAAAGUCCCCAUUUGAUACAUCCCACCACUCUUGAUGUCAUUUUUCACUCCAUGUUUGCAGCCUUCGGUGAUGGGGGGGUUUCCAAUGCCGCUAUUCCGAUUGCAUUUGAAAGCAUUAAAUUUUUUCUCCACGAUUUUCCGUCUGGUUCAGGUUCGCGUUUUAGUGGAUUUUGCAAAAUCAGUAACUACCACAAGGACCCGCGCGAUCUUGUGGCAGAUAUCUUCAUGUCAGAUAUGGAAUGGGAUGAGCCCAAAGUCCAAGUCACAGGGAUUCGUUGCAGGAUUCUUCCUUCAAGAAAGGCUACAAAUGAAGGUACCAUUGAUAGAAAAAAUGCUCCUUUUGGUACCUUGAUCUGGAAACCAGAUAUCGAUAUGAUGGUAGAAGAGCUUUUAGCUUGUUAUGUGACUACAAAGUCCUCGGAGAUUGACUAUGAUGAUGUGAACGAGGGAGCUGUAAUAGAAAAACAACUUUUUGUGAUCAUGGAUCUUAUCAUCCACAAGAACACAGACCUAUCGAUUCUCCAAAUCGGCGGAUCUGUGGUGUUCACACGUUCAUUGCUGUCUCGACUAGGAGCAGGUACUGGUCAAGAUACAACAGCUUGUCGAUUUUCCAGUUAUACGUUGGCAACCACUGACUCCGGUAUCUUAGACGCAAUGAAAAUAGAGCACCCAGGGAUUUCCGAUAAACAUAUUGCCUUGCAGCUACUAAAUGACGAGCCGAUAGGCGCCACUUUUAAGGAAAGGUUAUUCGAUGUGAUAGUAAUUCACAACUCUUCGGAAGAGUCAUCUCUAAUUCUAGACGUGCAGCAAUGGCUACGUGCCGGAGGGAAACUCAUCGCUACAGGGCGGGGGCAAGAAAUGCCACAUUCAGGGGCAUGGAAAAAGAUUAUAUCUCUCAGUGGCCUAAGCGUAUUCUCGAAAGAGGCGAAUUCUAAAGAAAUGGAACCAGGAAUUACGGCAUCUAAGGUCUAUAUAAUUGAACCGGCUAAACUUUCGGAUCAUCUAGAAGAGAUAAUCAGCAGUCUACAGACACUUUUUACGCAACGAGGCCAAACGUCACGGAGGAUUCAAUCGCCUUCAGAUGUGACAGGUGCCCCAAGUAGCGCCACUAUCAUAUCUCUUCUAGAUGCGGGUCAUGAUUCAAUUCUUGCUGAAAUCUCAUCAGAGAUGUUUGAUUUCCUGAAGGCGGUCAUUCUAUCCAGUUCACGGUUUGUCUGGGUUGCAAUGGGUGAUAAUCCCGUCAAGCAGACUGCAAUCGGCUAUUUGCGUGCUCUGAGGAACGAAAACCCCAAUUUAGAUCUCAGCUAUCUGCUCUUGGAGGACAGGCCACACCUAGAAGUUGGAGAAACAGCGGAUAGGAUUUUACAAACCUUGGAUGCGCCAGGUAGUGACAGGGAAUUUGUUGAAGUGGAUGGAAACCUCUGCAUCAAUCGAUGGGAGGUAGACGAGGGAGUCAGUCUUCUGAAUGGGAUCGACAAUGGAACACCGACUCUCGAAAAUAUCACUGUAGGCGAAAUCCGUGCAAACCUACAGUUGAUGCAGUUUGGCUCAUCCCCCCUGUAUUUCGAUAUCGCUCAGGGUCAGAAAGAGCUGGCUUUGGAUGAGGUGGAAGUAGAAGUGAAAGCUUUUGGUAUCGACGAUGGAUUGGUUUCUAUAAAAGAGUUUAGUGGAAUUGUGAAGGCCGUCGGCAGCAACUGCACGCAUCAUCAAAUCGGUGACCGUGUUUGUGCCGUCGGCUUAGGGCCUCAACGCAUCAUUGAACAUGUCAAAGAGUCCCUAUGUCAGAUAUUACCGGACAAUGUGCCGUACACUGAUGGCGCUUCUUGGCCAGUUACAAUUGGAACAGCGUAUCAUGGCCUGGUUAAUAUUGGACUGGCUCAGGCUGGAACAAGAGUUCUCGUGCAAGGGGCAUGCUGUGCUGUUGGAGUUGCAUGUGUCCAACUCGCCCAGCACCGAAAGGCAAACCUAUUCGUAACAGUGGCGACCAAGGAGGAGCAUUCAGUGCUUGUGCAAAGCUAUGGUGUGGAUCCAGACUGUAUCUUCUCGGACAGUGAUCCAGAUCUUUCGGCUGCUAUUUCUACACUCACUGGUGAUUUGGGAGUGGGCAUUGUCAUAAGUACUAGUGCGACACCUGAGACGUUGAAGCAGCUAUUACGAUGUGUAGCAGCGACGGGCAGAUUUAUAGAUAUGAGCUCUGCCAGUGCAACACUGGAAUCGUCAUUUGAUAUGCAACCAUAUCGGAGAAACGCAUCUUACUCAGUCCUCAAUUUCGAUCGGAUAAUGCAAGAAGGUGAUACCACCUUGAUUGCCAAUAUACUUAGAGAUGUCACUACAACGCUCCGAUAUCGCUCGUUUAACCCACUCAAACACUUGACUGUACGCAGCCUAGAAGACGCUCACGAGCAGUUUCAUUCUCAUGCGAGGCAUGGAAAGGUUUUUCUCUCCAUUAACUCUCACGAUAAAAUCCCAGUCACCCCUCGAGUCAAAACACCACUUAUACUCAAUCCAAAAGCCACCUAUUUAUUGGCUGGUGGGCUCGGGGGACUUGGAAGGAGCUUAGUUCGUCUGCUGGCAACAAAAGGGGCACGACACCUGGCUAUUGUCUCACGGUCGGGAUUAGCAUCUAGUGCGGCGAAGCCUCUAAUUGAGGAAAUGGCAUCUAUUGGCGUUUCCAUCCACAUAUACGCUUGUGAUAUAUCAGACGCUGUAUCGAUGGAGAGAGUAAUCUCUCAAUGCACAGUUGAUUUACCACCUAUCCGCGGUGUCAUCCAGAGUGCAGCAGUGUUGGAGGAUUCGAUUUAUGAAAAAAUGACCCAUUCGCAAUGGCAGCAAGCAAUAGGACCCAAGGUGCAGGGAUCCUGGGUCUUGCAUCAAUCACUCCCAAGCGACUUGGACUUUUUCGUCAUGCUCAGUUCGAUUUCCGGUGUGGUGGGAAACCGUAGCCAGGCUAACUAUGCAGCCGGGAAUACCUACCAGGACGCGUUGGCCUCUUAUCGACGCCGCCAUGGGCUUACUGCCGUAAGUGUUGAUCUUGGCCUCAUGGUGGGCAUUGGAUUGAUUGCCGAAAGAGGUGGCACAACAAAUCUAAAGAAAUGGGAAGCGGUGGGCGUUGAUGAAACCAAGUUUCACGCACUCAUGACGGCUGCAAUGACCGGGCGCUUCGGGCAGGCAGAUGUCCCUGCACAGGUCAUUUGUGGUCUACCAACAGGAGGAAUCCUGGAGGCCGAGGGACUGGAUCGGCCCUUCUACUUUGACGACAACCGCUUUCAGAUGCUAAGGAAGAUAGGUAGAGAUCGUAUAAAAGAGUCUGGGGAUGGAGUUUUGAAUGAGGCCCAAUCUUUGGCUUCCCAGCUGUCUUCGUGUUCCUCUACGGACGAGGCGUUGAACUUAAUAACGGCUAUCGUGUCUGAACGGUUAGCCAAGGAUUUACAAACUGCGGCUGAAGACAUCGAUCCUAGCCGCCCACUGUAUGCUUAUGGAGUGGACUCUUUGAUGGCUGUCGAGAUCCGGAGUUGGGUUUUGGCGAACCUCAAGGCUGAUAUUACUCUGUUUGAUGUGCUGAAUAGUGCCAGUGUGGCUGCUUUGGUCAAUAAGAUAGUGACCGUUUCCAAGCUGUUUCCACAGAAUCUCUAG